CCCAAGCGCGGGUCUCCAGGCGGCAAGGCCCCCUUUGAUCAGGAAAAUCCAAUUAUUUGUGUAUAUACAUUUCCCACAUAGUGAUUACUUCAUUAAUUGUCCCGCCUUUAUCUCCUCCUUUCCCAUCCCCCCUAAUAAUCAGUUCUUUUAUCCAGACCAACAAACACACCAUAGGAGCUUUGUGGAUUCAAAGGAUUUGCUUUCGCUUCUGAAAGAGCCGCUAUUCUUUGAUGAUUGGGUAGCGGCAAACUUCAAAGCCAUAAAUCUUCCCUCUGACUGGCUGGCGGCCCAGCAAAGUCCUUAUCAAAUUCUUGGAGGUGAUCCCGAAGCGCUCAGACCACGCGCGGGGCGGGCAAGGGGCGCGGGAGGGUUGGGCCCGGCGUGCGGAGCUGGCGCGGGAGGCGCGCUGGGCGACCGCUUGUCCUCGCCUUUGGGCGUCCAUGCCUCCACGGCGGCGCCCGGCUCCGCAGCGAGCAGCCUGCGAGCUGUAGCCAUGGCCGCUGUGGCAGUCCUCCGGAACGACUCGCUGCAGGCCUUCCUCCAGGUCAGGGCCGGGCCCGGAGGGGCCGGGGAAAGGUGGGAAGUGCCGUGUCCAGAUCUUUCCUGGUACUCCGUGCACCUUGAAUCUCAAAGGGAACCACGCCGGUGGGUGCAGCUGAAGUCAGACCUAGGGUGCCCACCCCAACUUCACACCUAAUCUGGUGCCAAGAGUGUGGCCUCGGGGGAGGAUCGCAUGAAUCCGGGGGUUGGGAGGUGCGCUCUGCGGGGAGAACAGGGCCGGAGCUCGUCCUGCUGGGCCCUCCUGGUGAUUUCAGGCUGGGGCGGGCCGGGGAGGAGUGCUACGGUAACGUGGACAGGAGAGCUUAAAAGAUGAGAGGGAGGAUGAAUGGGCCACUAGGUUGUGGGUGUUCCCAGACUCUUAACUGACCACAGAGCUGGGAGCGGCCCGUCGGAUCCCUCCUCCUCCCAUUUAGCGCCCGCUUCCUCUAAGGCUGGAUGGCGUCUCAGUGCACCAAGUAGUUUGCAAGAAGCGCUCGCGUGCCUCCAAGUUCAGGUGGCGCAGACACCAAAAGUUUCCCGGGACUGGAUCGCACCCCCAGCGCCUCCCCGGACCUGGGCAAGCACUCACCUCUGGCGCUGCUGGCCGCCACCUGUAGCCGAAUUGGCCAGCCGGGUGCGGCGGCGCCCCCGGACUUCCUGCAAGUGCCCUACGACCCAGCGCUGGGCUCGCCCUCCAGGCUUUUCCACCCGUGGACUGCCGACAUGCCGGCUCACUCGCCCGGCGCGCUGCCGCCCCCACACCCCAGUUUGGGGUUGACGCCGCAGAAAACGCACCUGCAGCCGUCCUUCGGGGCUGCGCACGAGCUACCGCUCACCCCCCCAGCUGACCCCUCUUACCCCUACGAGUUCUCUCCAGUCAAGAUGCUGCCCUCGAGCAUGGCGGCUCUACCCGCUAGCUGCGCGCCCGCCUACGUUCCCUACGCCGCACAGGCAGCGCUGCCGCCCGGCUACUCCAACCUGCUGCCCCCGCCGCCGCCGCCCCCGCCGCCCACCUGCCACCAGCUGUCCCCUAACCCGGCCCCCGACGACCUCCCGUGGUGGAGCAUCCCACAGGCAGGCGCUGGGCCGGGCGCUCCUGGGGUUCCAGGGGGAGGCCUCCCUGGAGCCUGUGCCGGGGGACCCCACGCGCCCCGCUUUCCUGCCUCAGCGGCCGCUGCUGCCGCCGCCGCCGCUGCCCUGCAACGGGGCCUGGUGUUGGGCCCGUCGGACUUUGCGCAGUACCAGAGCCAGAUCGCCGCGUUGCUGCAGACCAAGGCCCCCCUGGCGGCCACGGCCAGGAGGUGCCGCCGCUGCCGCUGCCCCAACUGUCAGGCGGCGGGCGGCGCCCCCGAGGCGGAGCCGGGCAAGAAGAAGCAGCACGUGUGCCACGUGCUGGGCUGCGGCAAGGUGUACGGCAAGACGUCGCACCUGAAGGCGCACCUGCGUUGGCACACGGGCGAGCGGCCCUUCGUGUGCAACUGGCUCUUCUGUGGCAAGAGCUUCACGCGCUCGGACGAGCUGCAGCGGCACCUGCGGACUCACACGGGCGAGAAACGCUUCGCCUGCCCUGAAUGCGGGAAGCGCUUCAUGCGCAGCGACCACCUAGCCAAGCACGUCAAGACGCACCAGAAUAAGAAGCUCAAAGUUGCCGAGGCCGGUGUUAAGCGGGAAGAUCCGCGGGACCUGUGAACUCAGCCCUGGGCACCCUCGAGGCCACUUCCGCCUUGGACCGGUUGGCCACACCUCUGCGGAGAUCCCGGGGGGCUUGGAGCAGCUGGCAGAAGGGCGGCUCAGCAGAUGGCCUCUCCUCUGCCCUCCUCCUACCGUGAAGCUGCCUCUCAGGUUCCUUGGUCCUCGGACACAGGACCCAGGAUUGGCUCUGGAGGGAGGGUUGGAAGCUGGGGCCGUUUGGGUGAUGGUUAGGAGUCCUGCGUGAAGCCAGGGCGGUUCCAGACUCUGAAUCUUUCCCACCGUCUGGGAGGCCUUCAGUUUGGGGGGACCACCCGGGCUGGCCUUGUAUAUAGGAAGCGCUGCUGAAUUAAAUAAAGCGGAAGGACCUCGGGAGAUUUGAAAUAGUGCUCCAGUUUUCGCUAGGGCCGGUUGGGACAUUGUACAGGUUAUUUAAUAGCUUUGUUAAAGAAUAAUAAUAUUAAUAAAAAUGUUGCUUUUGUCUUCAGCUCCAUGCAGAGCUACAGCAUGAUAUGUCUCUGUAAAGUGAUCAGCAGUUGCAGCGUGAAAAUAAAUACGUUAACUCCGGGUCCCCUCGGGAAGACCC